UGAACAUUGAAGGUAUCGAAGGGCCAUCUAUGUAAUCCUUUGUUGAAGUUUGGUAAGAUCAUCCAUACGCCAUCGAUUCUGUUAUUCGCCAUCCACUCUCAACCAUGCAUGUCGACACGUCAACCUCACGCGAUUAUAAGAGAGGCUGAAACCGAAGUAGCGGACAACAGAAACUCGAAUAACUAACCGCAACAUCUACCUCCCACACUCAACCAUCGAAUCAUGUCUUCUUACUCCUCGUUCGCACUGGUCGGUGCUGGGACUCUCGGUGGCCCCGUCCUGGCUGCCCUCGCCGGCCAAACCUCCGCGAAAGUCAUCCUCCUUUCCCGCAGCGCUUCUAAAACGGUCCCCGCAAAUGUCCAGGUCGUCCAAGUCCCGUCGUACGACGACGUGCCAGCCGUCACCGCCACACUGAGGGCGCACAACGUCGAAGUGAUUGUAUCCACUCUGAACACCGCGGCCAUUCUAGCUCAGCUGCCUCUCGCCGACGCCGCGAAGCAGGCCGGUGUCAAGUUGUUCGUGCCGUCCGAGUUUGGUUUAUCGACGGAGGGAGCCAGUGAGGGUCCGUGGGCCGAAAAGAACAAGAUUAUAGAAAAGCUCCAGAGCGUUGGCGUGCCUUACCUCCGCAUCUUUGUCAGUGAUUCUGUGCUCUCCCCUGCUUCAGAUCCUGAUGCGAACCUGCAGACCGGAUUGUUCAUCGAGUUUGUGCCCUGGGCCGUAAACUAUAGUGCCAAAGCCAAGAAGCUGUAUGUGGUCGGCAAAUCGGAGGGCGCCGUAUCGGUCGCAUCCAUCGCUGAUAUUGCCGGCAAUAUCGCACAUAUAUUCACCCACCAACCUGCCUCCGCGCUCGAGAACCAGGUCCUGCGCAUUGAAGGCGACCGAAUCCCGGGUUUCCGGUCCCUCGGGCCGCUCUUUGGCGCGGAGGUGGUGACGGUCAAAGCGAUGGAAGGGGAGCUCGCUUAUGGAGGCCGGGAACAGCAUGCUGAUUCGCGGCGCGAAAUGAGAUCGCUGUCUGAUUGAUUGAUCGCUGCACGUGUUCGGCAUCAUUCACGGCAUAUCACAUUGUACUUUGUUGCUUGUGCUCUGUAAGGUUUAUAAAUGCU